CCAUUGCAGAGAGCUUCAGAAUCCAAGAAAAGAAAAAACACGAAAAGAAAUGAAAUUUCCUCCGCCCUUUAAGAUUCUGAUAUUGGCAAUAACCUUUUAUCGUGUUCUUCAGACACAAGUCCAGAGCCUGGAGUUCAACUUCACUCAGUUCCACCAAUCCACUGAACUGGAUCUGGUCAGGAGGAACUCAUUCAUCGCCUUCGACGCCAUCCAAGUGACUCCGGACGUUAGAGGAGUAUCUAUAGUGAACCAGUCGGGUCGUGCCCUUUACAAGGAACGCUUCAAGCUAUGGAGCAAAGAGAAGAAGGCGACGUUCGACACGACCUUCGUCAUCAACAUCUUGAAUCAGACGGAUCCGGGAGGUGAAGGUUUGGCCUUUGUUCUUACAGAUGAGACAAACCCCCCUCUUAGAAGCUACGGCCAGUGGCUCGGUCUCGUCAACGAGACUACCAACGGCUCUAAGGCUUCCAACGUUGUGGCUGUUGAGUUCGACACGAGAAAGAGCUUUCCUGAUGAUCUUGAAAGCAGCCAUGUUGGUCUGAACGUGAACAGCAUCAACUCGGUUGUCCAAGCGCCUUUGAGCGGUUUUGGAAUCAGAAUACCGUCGGUGGAUAGUUUCAGUGCCACUGUUCGGUACGAUGGUCAGAAUCUUUCUGUCUAUGUCUCGCCCGAUAAGGAUGCAAACCCAUCGGAAGAUCCGAGGAACUUGGUGUUUUCACACGCCAUUGAUCUCUCUGCACACCUUCCCGAGAAGGUCUACAUUGGAUUUUCGGCUUCAACGGGCAACCAAACGGAGCUGAACUGUGUCCAAGCAUGGCGGUUUGAAGGUUUGGAUAUAGGUGAAGAUUCAAAGCAGCUGUUAUGGCUUUGGAUCACUAUCCCCAUCGUGUCAAUUGUUCUGAUAGGAAUUCUCUUCGGAGCGAUUUGGUAUUCGAAGGGAGGCGAAGAAAACCCGGCGGAUAUAGAAGCGGAGAUCAAUCAUUGUGCUAUAAACCCGAGGAAGUUCAAGCUGAGGGAAUUGAAGAAGGCAACAAACUACUUCAGUCCACAGAACAAACUAGGGGAAGGCGGUUUCGGUAUGGUGUUUAAGGGCAUAUGGAAGAAUAGAGACAUAGCCGUCAAAAGGGUUUCCGAGAAAUCGCAUCAGGGAAAGCAAGAAUUCAUAUCCGAGAUCACGACGAUCGGGAAUCUAAACCACAGGAACCUCGUCAAGUUACUCGGGUGGUGCUACGAGAACAAGGAGUUUCUUCUCGUUUACGAGUUCUUACCAAACGGAAGCUUAGACAGAUACCUUUUCUUGGAAGACAAGUCAACCAAUCGAGGGUUAAAUCUCGUCUGGGAGACGAGGAUGAGCAUUGUGAGAGGCUUAGCUCAAGCUCUGGAGUAUCUUCACAACGGGUGCGAGAAAAGAAUACUUCACAGGGACAUUAAGGCGAGCAACGUGAUGCUGGACUCAGAAUUCAACGCGAAAUUAGGAGAUUUCGGGCUGGCAAGAACGAUUCAACAGAGCGAAAUGACGCACCAUUCGACCAAGGAGAUCGCUGGGACGCCGGGGUACAUGGCUCCCGAGACUUUCCUGAACGGGAGAGCGACGGUAGAAACAGACGUGUACGCGUUCGGAGUCCUAAUGCUCGAAGUGGUCUCGGGCAAGAAACCGACUUACUUCUCGAAAGAACAGAACUACAACAACAGUAUAGUGAACUGGUUGUGGGAAUUGUACCGAAAAGGAACGAUCUUGAGAGCUGCAGAUCCAAGAAUGGAGGGAGAUUUCGAGGAAGAAGAGAUGAAGAGUGUGUUGGUAUUAGGGUUAGCCUGUUGCCACCCAAACCCUAACCAGAGACCCUCCAUGAAAACGGUUUUGAAGGUUCUGACAGGCGAAAUGAAACCACCAGAAGUGCCGACAGAGCGACCUGCCUUCGUGUGGCCAGCCAUGCCCCCUUCUUUCAGCGAUUUGGACUACUCUCUCACCGGAACUCAAAUCAAUUCUCUCACAGAACUCACGGGAAGAUGACGUUGAAUACGUACGAUCCCUUUAGGGUUUUGUCAAGAAUCAGUACAAGGCCCUUGGAACAUGACAAGUGUUGUUUUUUUAGAUGCAUGUCUCGGUCUGAAAUCUGUGGCCGUGGCAUGGAAUUUGUUCUUUGUUGCUUUUGAAUAAUGGGUUUGUAGAAUUUUCGCCAUGUAAUCAUAUCAUAGUGUACAUAUGUAUUGGAAAAGGCUUCGCUGCUUCUCGCCA